AUGUCCGAAUUGCUCGUACCUGAAACCCGGGUACUGGCAGUUGCCAGCCAUGUCGUUUAUGGCCACGUGGGCAACACAAUGGCCGAGUUUGUCAUGCAGUCCUUGGGCUGUGAAGUGGCUGCCUUGAAUACUGUGCAUUUCAGCAAUCAUACUGGAUACCGGCAGUUCAAGGGCACUCGCGCGACUGCUCAGGAAAUCACAGAACUAUACCAGGGUCUAUGUCAGAGUAACCUUACGGACUUUGACGUCAUGCUGUCAGGCUAUGCUCCAAGUGCGGCGGCCGUGGAAGCCGUCGGUGCAAUUGGAAUUGAUUUGCAGAAGAAGGCUGAAAAUAAGCCUGGUUCCUUCUUUUGGGUAUUGGACCCAGUAAUGGGAGAUCAGGGCCGACUAUACGUCAAUGACGACGUCGUUCCAGCCUAUAAAAAGACCAUCCACCAUGCAGACUUGAUUUUGCCCAAUCAAUUUGAAGCCGAAGUUCUGUCCGGCGUUAAGAUCACCUCUUUAUCCACAUUAGCAGAGGCCAUUACCGCCAUCCACCGCAUUUACUCCGUUCCCCACGUCAUCAUCACUUCAGUACAACUAUUGAAGUUGUCCCAGUCAGGCUCCACUCCAAGCCCACCAGAGAACUACCUCACGGUCAUCGGCUCCACGACCCGAUCUGACGGGUCCCCACGUCUUUUCCGCAUUGAUGUUCCCGCACUAGACUGCUUCUUCAGCGGCACGGGCGACAUGUUCGCCGCAUUGACUGUCGCCCGACUCCGGGAAGCAGUCGAUGCCGCUAACCCAGACUUGCGAAACACCGCCUCCUGGGUUUCACCAGAUGACGUUGAAUCUAGUAACCUCCCAUUAGCACGGGCCACUAUUAAGGUCCUCUCCAGCAUGCACAGUAUUUUGGAGCGGACGAUGGAAGCCCGUGAUGCGGAACUUGCGGUGGCUUCUUCACUGAAUGGUGGCUUGACAGCCGAGGAGCAGGAAAAGCAAGAUUACCUGCGUCGCACAAAAGCAGCUGAAGUGCGGUUGGUACGGAACGCACGAUUCUUGCGCGACCCUUUGGUUCAGUUCGCUGUGCAAGAGUGGCGCAAGGAAGACAUGCCCACUCAUCUACAAUAG